AUGGAGGUGCACAUCAUCUCUCAUGGUAAUUACAGACAGAGGACUAUGAUUCCAGGGAGUAAGGCAGGAAGGCAGUGGGAUGCUGCUCCGCCGCCGCCACCAACUCAUCGCCCAACUUCACCAAAAAAUCGCGAAAAAGAUGGAAAACUCCGAAGGGCCACGUGCAGAUCCCAGCCUGACCUCGAGCACUCCGCCAGCAGUUUCCUGGAUUUUACCCCAAAACGCGGGAACCCCGGAGAGCCUCUCCCACACUGCCCCCACCUCGGCAAGCCACAGACGCUCUGCACAUCCCUGGGGGCUUCCCGCCGCUCCGGGGACAACGGGGCGCUGCGGAACGAGGCCGAAAGCGCCUUUAUUUCACCAAAUGAAGCGCCUGAGUCUGACGGGGGUGACCCGGAGGGGAGGGGCGCGUCGGGGCCGCGCUCCCAGGUGCCGGGCCGGCCGCGUUUUCCAUCAGCGCGGCUGGAAGCGCGCAAGGAGCGCGGGCUUGCCCUGCCGGGGGAGCGGGUGAAGGGAGGGCGGCUCACCCGCGUACACCCCGCGGGCGGAAGCUCCGCGGAGCCGCGCCGGGAGGAGGAGCUGCGGGUGCACGGCCCCGCGGGGCGGGGGUGCGCGGGGACCCCCCCGCUCCCACGCACCGCCACCGAGAGCGGCCGGGGAGGAAGCGCCGCCUCCGCGCCUUGUCCCCACGCGGGGAAUGAGGGGACACCGGUCACACCGCCCCCCCCGCGGAGCGUCGGAAACAAAAAAAACUCACCCCCCAAACCCAGGGAAAAGCCGAGAGCUAAACCCAAGAAAGGCGCGGGGGCAGCGCAGGCAGGCGUGGGGGCGCGGGGGCGGCGGGCGCGGGCGGCACUCACCGCGGUCAUGAAGCCGCGCGGCCGGCGGCGGACACAAUAUGGCAGCGGGGGGAUGUGUCAGGGAGCAGCUGCUCCCUGCGCAGCGGCGGCGGCACCGCCCUCCCGCUCCCCAUGGCAACCGCGAGCAAGCACGGCCCCCCGCCGCCGCGCCGCCUCCUUCCCGGCCGCCUUCCCUCGCUCCCGCCCUUCCCCGCCGCCGGCACCGCCUCUGGCAGCGCCGCCGCCGCCCCGCGCCCGCGGGGGCCGUGCGGGCUGGGAGCGGCUGCUGGGCUCCGCGUCCCGCCCCGAGCGUCCGCGCCGCCUCGGAAAAGUUCCCCUUUCCCCCCAGAAAUAUCGUACUUUCUAA